GCGAGGGAUUGUUAGCCAAGAUGGCGGUGGCGGCUGCCGCGGCGAGGGUUUGGGGGUCAAGUCGAGGCUUGGGCCGGGUUGGCCUCCUGCUCCUGCGGCGGCCAGGGGCUCGUGGGCUGGCUAGAUCACAUCCCCAGAGGCAGCAGCAGCACUUCUCGUCCCUGGAUGACAAGCCCCAGUUCCCAGGGGCCUCAGCGGAGUUUAUAGACAGGCUAGAGUUCAUCCAGCCCAAUGUCAUCUCUGGGAUCCCCAUCUACCGCGUCAUGGACCGGCAGGGCCAGAUCAUCAACCCCAGCGAGGAUCCCCACCUGCCCCAGGAGAAGGUGCUCAAGUUCUACAAGACCAUGACGCUGCUUAACACCAUGGACCGCAUCCUCUAUGAGUCCCAGAGACAGGGCCGGAUAUCCUUCUACAUGACCAACUAUGGUGAGGAGGGGACGCACGUGGGGAGUGCAGCAGCCCUGGACAACACGGACCUGGUGUUUGGCCAGUACCGGGAGGCAGGUGUGCUCAUGUACCGGAACUACCCCCUGGAACUGUUCAUGGCCCAGUGCUACGGCAACGUGAGCGACCUGGGCAAGGGGCGCCAGAUGCCCGUCCACUAUGGCUGCAGGGAGCGCCAUUUCGUCACCAUCUCCUCUCCACUGGCCACGCAGAUCCCUCAGGCGGUGGGGGCAGCCUACGCGGCCAAGCGGGCCAACGCCAACAGGGUCGUCAUCUGUUACUUCGGAGAGGGCGCGGCCAGUGAGGGGGACGCCCACGCCGGCUUCAACUUCGCCGCCACCCUCGAGUGCCCCGUCAUCUUCUUCUGCCGGAACAACGGCUACGCCAUCUCCACGCCCACCUCCGAGCAGUACCGCGGGGAUGGCAUCGCGGCUCGAGGCCCAGGAUACGGCAUCCUGUCCAUCCGCGUGGACGGCAAUGAUGUGUUUGCUGUGUACAACGCCACCAAGGAGGCCCGGCGGCGGGCCGUGGCGGAGAACCAGCCCUUCCUCAUUGAGGCCAUGACCUACAGGAUCGGGCACCACAGCACCAGUGACGACAGCUCGGCGUACCGCUCAGUGGAUGAGGUCAAUUACUGGGACAAGCAGGACCACCCCAUCUCCCGGCUGAGGCACUACCUGCAGAGCUGUGGCUGGUGGGGCGACGAGCAGGAGAAGGCCUGGAGGAAGCAGUCCCGCAAGAAGGUGAUGGAGGCCUUUGAGCAGGCCGAGCGGAAGCUGAAGCCCAGCCCCAACCUGCUCUUCUCAGAUGUGUAUCAGGAGAUGCCUACCCAGCUCCGCAAGCAGCAGGAGUCUUUGGCCCGUCACCUCCAGACCUAUGGGGAACACUACCCCCUGGAUCACUUCGAGAAGUGAGGCUACUUGCCCCGUCCCCACCUUCCUCAGCUCUGCCUCUGAGGGGCAGAGGCGACGGGCAGGAUGCUACCCCUCCCCCUGACAGCUCCCUCCAACGUACUCGGGCCAGGGCAGUACUUGGGGCGGCUCCUGCUCCUCCGGGCUGUUACAUUGGUGGGGCCUUGGUCAGCCCCUUCUUCGCCUUUAGUUACAGGGUCUUCUCCCAGGGGCUGGGCAAGGGCACCUCCAGGACUGGAAGCCCCUCAGGCCUGGGGGUGGACGUGGCAGGUCAGCCUGCGGAACUUACUCAGAGUUGAGAGGUGGUCAGCAGGGAGUGAAUAAACUAUGUCUCUGCAUGUGGCUCCAUGCUA